AUGCAGACAACAUUACUCUCUUCGUGUACUUUGUCCCUCUCCAAGGCCUUCAUUUCUUCUACCCCUCUCGCCAACAGGAGCUUCUCCACGGCUCGCCCGGGUGAACUCGCUCACUUCCAACUGAGGCGCUGCGAGUUCAACAGGGUUCGUUCGGGUCCCUUGGUUCGAGGUCUGGGCACUGUGGACCCGCGCUGGACCCGAUUUCAGUGCGCGGCUAGCUCUGCGCCCUCGUUUGCUUCCGGUGGCGGUGGGUCUGAUGGAAUUGGUGGAAAUGGUGGCGGCGGUGGUGACGGUGAUGGUGCGGCUGAAGGUGGUGAGGGGAAGUCGACGGUGGUGGCCGCCGGGGCUGAAGAUGAUUCUGCUCUGAGUUCUGAUGUUAUUGUUCUUCAUGUUGGAGGAAUGACGUGCGGGGGAUGCGCAGCAAAAGUGAAAAGGAUUUUAGAAGCUCAACUGCAGGUUUCUUCAGCUAAUGUGGAUCUUGCAACUGAGACUGCAACUAUAUGGCCUGUAUCUGAGGCCAAGGUUGCACCCAACUGGCGAAAGGAUUUAGGAGAGGCUCUUGCAGAGCAUCUGACAAGUUGUGGCUUCAAAUGUAAUCUUCGAGAUCAGGGAGCCGUUGAAGGGGAAAUUCCAUCAUAG